AUGAUGUUCUCGCGGAGUCGCUGGAUCCGAUCCAUCUCCUCCUCGAAUUUCCGCGCAGAUCUGGCAUCUUUUCAAGCCUUUGUUCCGGAGACGCAAAAGCCGUUCACGGUCCAUUUGAACUCCAUCGACGGUGUCAAGCGUCUCGCCAUUCUUGAUCAAAACGUUGGGAAAGUUAGUGGCAGCGAGAGUAGUGCCACUGGCGUGGAGAGUUGUCGCGACAAUAACAGUGAGGAUGACAUGCUUGAAAUUCUACGUUGA